CUUCCCAAAAUUCCAGUUCAUCCCAUUGGUUAUCAUGAUGCUGAGUCACUGCUGCGUGACAUGGGAGGUCCUCCACCACCAGACAGCAGCUGGAAAGGAAGUUUGAAUGUAUCUUAUAACAUUGGUCCUGGUUUCACAACAAAUUAUUCUACAAGAAAGGUGAAAUUACACAUUCAUAGUAACAACAAAGUAACAAGGAUUUACAAUGUGAUCGGAACCAUCAGAGGCGCAGUGGAACCAGACAGAUAUGUCAUCCUGGGAGGCCACCGUGAUUCUUGGGUGUUUGGUGGAAUUGAUCCUCAGAGUGGGGCCGCUGUGGUUCAUGAGAUUGUGAGGAGCUUUGGAAAACUAAAAAAGGAAGGAUGGAGACCAAGGAGAACCGUGAUAUUUGCAAGCUGGGAUGCAGAGGAGUUUGGUUUGUUAGGAUCGACAGAGUGGGCCGAGGAGAAUGCCAAAAUAUUACAGGCACGAGGAGUGGCUUAUAUCAAUGCAGAUUCCUCCAUUGAAGGAAACUACACACUAAGAGUAGAUUGCACCCCGCUUAUGUACAGGCUGGUGUACAGCCUGACCAAAGAGAUACCAAGUCCUGAUGAGGGCUUUGAAGGUAAAUCUCUAUAUGAGAGCUGGCAUAAAAAAAACCCAUCAAGAGAAUAUAAAGAGGUACCCAGAAUAAAUAAACUGGGUUCUGGCAAUGACUUCGAGGUCUUUUUUCAACGGCUUGGCAUCGCUUCCGGCAGAGCCCGUUACAGUAAAAACUGGAAUGUAGAAAAAUAUAGCAGCUAUCCAGUCUACCACAGUGUCUAUGAAACCUAUGAAAUCGUGGAGAGGUUUUAUGAUCCCACUUUCAAGAAUCAUCUGACAGUGGCUCAGGUACGGGGAGGGCUGGUGUUUGAACUGGCCAACUCUGUUGUCCUUCCCUUCGACUGCAGAGAUUAUGCAGCAGCUGUGAGCAGUUAUGCUUAUGUCAUCUACAAUUUGUCAAAGAACCAUGAAGAGCAACUAUCAAAAUACAGUGUAUCCUUUGAUGCUCUGUUUUCAGCUGUGAAAAAUUUUACAGAAGUCUGUGCUCGCUUUCAUGAGAACCUGCAGCAAAUAGAUAAUAAUAACCUACUUGCUCUCAGAUCUUUAAAUGAUCAACUCAUGUUUCUAGAACGGGCUUUCAUUGAUCCUCUUGGACUACCUGACAGGCCAUUCUACAGAAAUGUCAUCUUUGCUCCAAGCAGCCAUAAUAAGUAUGCAGGAGAAUCAUUCCCAGGAAUCUACGAUGCCCUGUUUGAUAUCGAAAGCAAAGCAGAUCAGCAUGGAGCCUGGGAAGAAGUGAAGAGGCAGAUUUCCAUUGCAGCCUUCACUGUGCAGGCAGCAGCAGGGACACUGAAAGAAGUAGCAUAAGUUUCAGCAGUAUCA